AUGGCUAGCAGGGUGGAGAUAGUUCAAGUGCCCAAGGGGCCAGUUGCCCCGUCAGACCUGACCGUCCUUUGCAACCGAUACCGAUCCGGCCGGCUAAGAGCUCUAAAGAUAUACCCGGAGGCAUUUAUCUCUAAAUAUGAACGAGAGAGUGGCUUCACAGAGGAACAGUGGGCUCAGCGACUCAUGAACCCAAUGUCAAGAACUUUCAUUGCUCUCCGCGUUGAUCAUGAUACAGACACCCCCGUGACUGGUGCAGGGGAUAUUGAAAAGCUAAAGAAUCAUGAAUGGGUGGGAAUGGUUGUCCUUCUAGGCCCCAAGGUGUUUGACUCGAGCAUGAAAUAUGUCUGGGAUCCGUUCCUAUCCAUGGCCUGGAUGCAACCUGACGAUGAGGGUGUCUUUGAGGGUGCCGAAGCCACGACUUUUGCGGUCUCGAUGUUUGUCUUGCCGGAAGUGACCAGGCGUGGUGUUGGGAACAUGCUGCUCUCCAAUAUGAUGGACUUUGCCAAGCAGGAUAGCAUGAGGAAGUCGGUUACCAAGUUGCAUGUCGGCCUGAUAGUCGAAAGUGAUAAUGAAGCCGCUGUCCGACUGUAUAAAAGAUGCGGGUUUGCUCUUGUUGAUGCCGGGUCCGACCUUGAUGGCGUAGGCAGCCGCGCCAUACCGCCGCUAGGGAUGGUCUGGUCUCAUGUAUAUUCUUAA